AUAUAUAUAGCUUCUCUCUCUCUCUCUCUCUCUGCUGCUAUGGAGAUGUAAACGGAUCAAAGUCAUAGCAAAGAAAGGAAGACACCAAACCCUCACUGAGCGGAUAUUGAACUGCAUCUUCACACAAAAGAUGAAGAUCGCAUCCUUUAUUUUGGUCCUUUCUCUGGUGUCUGUGUUGAAAGCCCAAGAAUGGUGUCCAACCAAACAGUACACUGCUGCUGGAGAAUGUUGUGAAGCUUGUCCCCCUGGAGAGGGGAUGAAGGUCCUCUGUGGGGAGGAAAACACUGAGUGUGAGAUCUGCUUGGACAGUGUCACUUACUCAAACAUCUCAAGCCACACCGACCCGUGCCAACAGUGUACAGUGUGCACAGGCACAAUGACCAUGAAUAUUCCUUGCAUGGAUAGCUUUGACACGGUCUGCUCUUGCAUGAAUGGGUUUUACCUGAACAGCAGCGAAGAUGAAAAGUGCCUUCCGUGUGAGAUCUGCGACAACGGGUCUGGUGUCCUGGAGCAAUGCACCGAAACACAGAAUACAAUCUGCGAGGUCUGUCCUCCAGAGACCUAUUCUGACCAGAAAAGCAGCAUCGACCCAUGCAUGCCUUGCACUAUUUGUGAGGAGAAUGAGAUGAUGGUCACGGAGUGCUCGUCUGUGCAAGACACAGUAUGCACAUCUCACAGUCCCCGUUUUUUCUCAACCGCCUUGGAUGUGACUUCAAAAACCACGGCGACCGUCGAGAUAAUGACCACCACAGCUAUCCCGAGUUCCCCAAAGCUGAUCUGGAAGGGCAACAAUGACAACAUCAUUCCUGUUUAUUGCUCCAUUCUGGCCGCUGUUGUGGUGGGACUUGUGGCGUACGCUGCUUUCAAACGAUGGAACAGCUGCAAACAGAACAAGCAGGGAGCGAAUAACAGGACAGUAAACCAGACCCCGUCACCGGAGGGGGAGAAACUACACAGCGAUAGCGGAAUCUCGGUGGAUGGUCAGAGUCUACAUGAGCAACAACAACAACAGAAGCAACAACAGCAUACAUUUUGCAAGUUAGAUGUGAAACUCUACACCACUCUGCCUCCUCAUAAGAAGGAAGAGGUGGAGAAGCUCCUGAAGAGCUGUGAGGAGGAGGCCGAGUGGUGCAGCCUGGCUGGUUUGCUGGGCUACAACGAGAAGCACAUAGACACUUUCAAGCAGGAUGAAUACCCCGUGCACGCCCUGCUGUCGGACUGGUCGGCCAAGGACUCGGCCACCAUGGAUGAACUUUGCACGGCCCUGCGGAAACUCAAGCGGGACGACAUCGUCGAAAGCCUGAGCAGCGAGCCUACAGCCACCUCCGCUGUGUGACAAGGGGAAACAACGAGCAGCGACCGGCAGCCUUACUCUUCUGAGCGUUCCUUCUGGAAUUGGGGAGACCAAACAACAACAAACAAACAAAACGAGAGACUGGAUUGAGAAGAGCAAGCGCGUGAAGGAGAAGGGAGUUCACUCGAUGCUUUAUGAGAGGCCCCCUUUAAUACACUGAUGCAUAACUUUCAGUAUUGUCCUAUCUACCAACUUCCCCUCCCCCCCAACCCCCCCUCUCCCACCCAUGAACGAAUGGACGAACGAACAAACGAAACGUCAGUGUGGACUUGUGUUUCUUCUUUUGUGCUGCUUGCAGCACUUUUUUGCUUAACAGAAAAUGUCUGCAAGUAUCUAUCUUACAGUCUUGUAAAUUGUUAGAAGCCCCCAUUGCCUUUCCCCCUCCUGCCUCCCGC